UGACGUGUGUGGUAGAGUCUGGUACACCAGGCAGAGGUCAGCGGGGCUGGAGCGCUAAUAUGGCGGCCCCUGUGAAUACUGUCAGCCGCUGGUGCCUGUCCUCAUGGAGGAUGCCGAGGCUUGUGUGUCAGCGCCUCCACCAGACACAGGCCUCCGGGAGAGAGACCCACUUCGGUUUCCAGACUGUGCCGGAAGAGGAGAAGGGGGGAAGGGUGUAUCAUGUAUUUGAAAGUGUUGCUAAGAAGUAUGAUGUCAUGAAUGACUCCAUGAGCCUGGGAAUUCACCGCUUGUGGAAGGACUGGCUGGUGCGUCACAUGAACCCUACUCCUGGCACUCAGUUACUCGAUGUGGCAGGAGGAACAGGAGAUGUUGCGUUUCGCUUUAUUAAUUAUAUCCAUGCACAGAGGGAAAAAUUCAACCGUAAUAAACUGGAUCAUCAACAAAAUCUGUCAUGGUCAGACAUCUCAAGGACUUAUAGCCAGGAGCAGGAGGGCUCAUUGAUGGGCUCUAAGGCUGUGAUCUGUGAUAUAAACAAGGAGAUGCUGAAGGUUGGGAAGGAGAAGUCCUUACGGCUUGGUUAUUCUGAAGGACUUUCUUGGGUGGCUGGGGAUGCUGAGGAACUGCCCUUUGCUGAUGGAAAAUUUGAUGUGUACACCAUUGCCUUUGGGAUUCGAAAUGUUACCCAUAUAGAGACAGCUCUUCAAGAAGCCUACCGUGUCUUGAAACCAGGAGGAAGAUUUUUAUGUCUGGAAUUCAGCCAAGUUAACAAUCCACUACUAGCCCGCAUUUAUGACUUAUAUAGUUUCCAGGUUAUUCCGGUGCUUGGGGAAGUAAUUGCUGGAGACUGGAAGUCUUACCAAUAUCUAGUGGAGAGUAUCCGACGCUUUCCUCCUCAGGAGGAGUUUAAAGAAAUGAUUGAAGAUGCUGGCUUUUUCAAGGUCACCUAUCACAACCUGACGUCUGGUGUUGUGGCGGUCCACUCAGGUUUUAAAUUGUGAUACCAUAUAGGUAACAGAUACUGUGAUAACGACAUAGAACUAGAAAGAGGAGAGAUAUAAAGCUGAGGCGGCAUAAUCAAGCAGUUUCUUAAACAUAUAUAAUGUAAAUUAUAAUAUUUUUUUUAUUAAAGAGAGUUUGC